CUAGUUGACGCACGAUGGUGCACCGGUCAGCAAUGUCGGCGUUCCGCCCUGGUGCCGUGUGGAGCGGUGUGUCCGAGUGCGCACGCGGCGAGAGCGGCCGUCGCGUGGGCAAGGUGUUGCUGGGCGCCGCCCUGCUCGGCAUCGGCCUCAAAGUGUACGGCCGCUACAGGCGCUACCAGCGCCGGCAGCGCUGGAACCAGGCCGGGAAGGACGUGGUGGUGCUGCACCAGUUCGAACGUGGCACCAACUGUCCCAACCUGUCGCCGUUCGCGCUCAAGCUGGAGACGUUCCUGCGCAUGGCCGGCAUCAAGUACGUGGUGGACACGGACGAGCCACAGGGGUCCCGUGACAAGUGUCCUUGGAUCACCUUCAACGGGCAGGAGCUGUCCGACUCGGAGCUUAUCAUCGACUUUCUGACGCAACACUUCGGAAAACCUCUGAAGGAAAAGCUCACGCCGGCUGAGCAUGCCGUCGGACGUGCCGUGCAGGUGAUGCUCGACGAGCACGCCAUUACGGCCGUGGGCUAUAAACGCUAUGUUAUCGACCGCUGUUCCUACAUCAUGGGGUGUUUCUCCAAGAAGUAUCGGUUCAUGCUCAGGCUCAUGAUGCCCAUAUUCUUCUCAAGAUUGAAGCGUAUACUCUACAUCAUAGGCAUGGGCCGCUUUAGCGAGGUGGAGGCGAUGUUUUUCCUGUAUCGUGAGUUGCGAGCGCUGGAAGAUGUACUCGGCGACAAGCCGUUCCUGCUGGACAACAAGCCUACCACGUACGACGCGGCUGUGUUCGCCGUGCUGACCCAAGUCAUAUACGGUUGCGCACCUGAGGUGGAGCGCUACGUUCGCGCUAACUACGACGCUCUGGUGCAAUACCACGAGCGUAUGAAGGACAAGUACUGGCCCGACUGGGAGCGGUGCCGAGCCGAGUAGAGUUGAGUAGAGUCGAGUAGAGCUGGGUAGAACCGAGUAGAGUUGGGUAGAGUUGAGUAGAGUUGGGUGGGUCCAGGCCGGGGGUCGUCUAGUAUAAAAUAUGGCAGCAACGGCGCACAUUUCACAACUAGCCAUGGGGUUCCCAUGUUAAAACGACCUUCUUCAGGCCCACGGCUUUCUAAAUCUUGAACAUGUAUAUGCAUAAAAAGUGCAUAGAAAUAAAGCUUGAACAAUUCUCUUUCGAUUUCCAAGAUCAAAAGUGUGCGCCGUGGCACUCAUUCUCGGGCUAUCGGGCAAAGCGCAGACCCACGCACGCCCCACGAUGUCCGGGCGUGGGAUCGAAUCCCGCUGCCGUCAACUCUUCAGAGGGGUUGAGAUGGAACACGGAGUGAAUACGGCAACUAACUGGCGUUAGAACUAUUGAGUGCAACAUUGUUCUGAUUAUAUAUAAACGUAUAUAUAU